AUGUGCAAAAAGUGGGGUGUACCUUUAGACGUAGUUCAAACCAGACAACGACUAGCAACAAAAUAUUUUGACGAAGUUGAUGGUGAUCGCAGAUUAAAUAUAACAGAAAGUAAUUUUAAAAUUAAAAUUUUCUUACCACUUAUUGACACUGUGUUGAAUCAGCUUAGGGUGAGGUUUGAAAGUUUAAAAGAAGUUUGUGAUGUGUUUGAGUUUUUAAAGCCAGAAUCAAUAAUCAAAUCAAAAGAAUCAAAAAUUAUAAAAAGUUGUUAUGAUUUUGUACUAUUGUAUAAAUCAGAUGUUGGUUCAGAGCUAGUAAGUCAAAUUCUAUCUCUAAAAGAAAUUAUUGUUAACAACAAUUUAAAGUCCAUCCGCGAUUUGGCAAUAUUUAUUGUACAACAUGAUUUUUCAACUAGCUAUUCAGAAGUUUUAGCAGCUUGUAUUCUUUUUUUGACUCUUCCAGUUACAGUUGCGACCGCAGAAAGGUCAUUUUCAAAGUUAAAACUAAUAAAAAAUUAUUUAAGAAAUUCAAUGGGACAAACGCGCUUGUCAAACAUAGCAGUGCUAAACAUAGAACAACAUCGCACGGCUGAAUUAUCAUUAGACAAUAUUAUAUCACAGUUUUCAAACUUAAAAGCCAGAAGAAUGAAGUUUUAG